AUUGGAAAAGUAGCUUCACAAUAUAAUGUGGCAGCUAACUGAGGAAGUAUUCAGUGACCUGAAUGAUAAAAAGGACCGUUCAUACGACUUGAGAAAAUAAGUUAACACUAGGGACAAAUAUAGGAUAUCACUCAAAAAGCAAUGAAUAUUCAACGUUCAAACAGGAGAAGAUAAAAUUUUCAAAUGUAGUAGCAAAUUACCACUUAAUAUUUUAAUACUGUUUCGAAAAAAUAGAAGUUUUCUUUAACAAAAUUAUACAGUAUCUAAGUAGAAAGCAGUUAUUCAAAUUUCCAUAAUUAACUCACACAUGGAAAAAAAAAUUGAAAAGGUUGUCUAAGUGGAAAUCGCUAUUAAGUUGCAAGAAAAAAAAUCUUCUCUAAAACUUUCUGUGUCAGUAUGAAAUAAACUUGAAAACGCAUAUUUAUGUAGUUAAAAAUAAACUUCAAUACUCUGAUGACAAUUGUGAAUUUAUUCAUUUUAUCGAUCCAUCCCAUACUGUUUAUAUACCCCGUGGUCGAUAGACCAUUGAAAGGGGAGAAAAGCUGGUUAACUUAAUUGUUUAUUCGAUGAUGGUUGUUUUUAAGAGAGUAUCAUAACUGCAGUGACAAAACAACAAUAAGUUGCUCUUGUCAAAAACUCGAUUUUCUUCUCUUCACGAUUGACCUUCAAUCCGACCAAUCAUUUACGGGAUGAAUCUGAUUGGUUGAUCGUAUUUAACCUGUCUAAUGCAAUUUGCGAUACGCUUAAAUUACAUUUUCAUGCAUUUCAUAAAUAAUUACAGACAAAUAUGUGGAACAUUUAACAUUCCUGAAUUAAACUAACUUUCUCAAUGCAUUAUUUGCCAAAUAUAGCGAUGAUGUCGUUGAUGUUAGCGAGUAUGACGUCGGUGACAGUGACUUUGAAAUUCAACAAAAAAAGUACUUUUUAUUCACAAUGUAUGCGCAUGAUUUAAAAGUUUUAAAGAAUAAUAAUUAAAUUAUUGGUAUUAAAUCAAAUGUGAAUGAUAUUGAGGAAUUAAAUAAGGAAGGAAGUAUUAUUUCAACUCAAGAAGAAUCAUAACUUUAUAUGCUUCAGUCAAGUAGUCUGGAAGUGUUCAACUCCUCAUCACUAUCAGCCGCCAAAAGCAGAUCAGCUGAAGGGGAUAAAAUUCACACUUAUGCUACAGAAAAAGAUUCUACUUUAUUGGAUCAACUAGUUACUAGUAGCAUUACUAGUAGUGGAUACUGGGAGGAUUGUGAUUCACUUGUUACCAGUGAAUAUGAUAUAUUUGGAGUGAAUUGGGCUAAUUCUCACCACAAUGAACGAAUAAAAAGUUUGAAAACAAAACACAGAUCGUUAACGGAGGGUGGAAUUCCGUUAUCUUUGGUCAGAACUCAAAGUUUUCAUUCAAGACAGGCAGAUGCUACCGGAAGAACAUCACCCUUUGGUGAUGAUUUCACUGCUGAACUUCAUCUAAGUUCAAAUGUCAAUACUGGCUGUAAUGAAUCACAACAUUCAAAUGUAUCUCACAACAGUAAUUCUGACAGUAUUCGAUUUUCAUUAGAAGAUAAUGAUGGUACAGAUUUACAAAAGAAUUCGCUAGACGAAUUUGAUUCAAUCACAUCAGAUUUACUAUUGUGCAAUAAGAGUUAUCCUUCUGCUCAAAAUAUUCACCCAGUCCCCAGAGUGUAUGAUGAAACACGAGACACAAGAAGAAAAAUCUACACCCAUUUUGAUGAAUGGGACGACAGUGAAGAGGAGGAAGUUUUUGAAAGAAAGGAACCUAGGACGAAAUUUGAGGCUGCUCUACGAAGAGCUGAGGAGGAAAGUAAAAGGCGACAGGCAUUGCUGGCAGAGAAAGAUUAUACGAUAGCAGGCAAAUUAAUGCCUGACUGGGGUUCACCUAUUCAAAUCAGAAAUAAUGCCAAUAUGGAUAGACUUAAUCAGUGUUCUGUUGCGUCAGAUAUGCCGUCAACUACCAAAAAUUCUCCCCGAGUGGGUAGAUCUGUUGAUCUAUGUAGCGAAGUUGAAGAAUGGCUACAGUCAAGACCUUCAUGGAUAGAUCGACGACAUCAGGAGAAUAAUCUAGCACUACAAAUUUGCUUUCUAAACUCUUCCGAACAAAACUUAUUCUCUUCAAUGGAAGCAAUAAUUUCUGAGCCUCAGGGGAAUACAAAAACAAUUCAGACUGAAACGGAUGCUGUCACUUUACCUAAUAAUACAACUUCUGUUGCUACAACAACAGUAACAACAGCUACUACUAAUUUCACAGUUAUUGAUGCUACUAGUACAAUGGAUUCCGAUAGUGAUGGUUUAAAGCAAAUUGUAAUGAACGGUGAUUUAUCGAAGUCGAAACACACAAACAAGGAGGAUAUAAUGAAUACAUCAACAACGGGCAGGUCAUCACUAUUCUUGGCCUUCGAAUCAUCUGUCAACUUAAUUUCCUUGUUAAACGAGAUCGAUAUGUAUUAUGAACGCCUGCUUGAUCAGUGUAAACAUGACUGUUACAACGCACGAUCUGUUGUCUAUCUACAAGAACUAAUACGAAAUCAUAAACGAUUUCAGUCAGAAACUCAAAUAGCUGUUGUUCAGGUCCCUAAAAUAUCUGCAAUGCAAGCAGAGGUCGAGAGAAUGAAGAUUCCGUCGCUUUCUCCGAAUGUGGCAAAACUGCUUCGAAUCGACUUGAAACGUUUCAGAAUGUGCAAAAAUGAAUUAAUUAAAUUUUCUGCUUCUCAACUGGAAGUUAUUAUGAAUGAUCUCCAUACAAGGAUAGAAGGCUUAAACGAUUCUCUCAUGUUGUUAUUAGUUGAAAGAGAUGAUCUUCACUUAGAACAAGGCGGCAAGAUGGUUGCCUUGGAGGAUAUAAAGUCGUGGAUCAAAGAAUUGAGUAUUCGUUCACUAAUUCCUCAAGUCAGGCGCCAAUUUUUCCUCAAUCUUCCAAGCAAUUUAUCAAACAGCGUUUAUAAUGACGGUCUUUUUCCAAAAUCCCCAACCCAUCACUCUCUCACAAAGAAACCACAAUGGAUGACAUCUUUAUUUGGUCGAGUAUCACAGCGGCAGACUCUGUCACUAUAAAGGGAAUUCACCUUCAACAGUCAAGAGGAAAAUUUUUAUAUCAAUUUUAGAUUCAAUUCAUUCUGAUGGUCCCUAAAAAUGCGUUUCCUUCAUUACCUUUAAUUCACCAUACACUAUACCUUGUCGUGCGUGACAUAACUAUGAGUCUGAUUUAAAAUUUUAUACAGGUGCCUACAGGAUGAGAAAAAAACAUUUUACAGAAAUAGCAGUAAUUGCGAAAGAAUCAAAUUUAUCAUUCGGAAAAUAUUACUCUUCUCAUCCUAUCUAUCUUCUGUUUAUGUACUCAGAUAUUCAUUGGGUUUUUUUUCUAUGGGAUUUGGAGACCUCAAUUAUAAAUUUUGUUCAUAAUUAAAAAUGUUUGCUGAUGAGUUAUUCCUUCCAACACUUAGAAAAAAAUAUUGUUCUAAUUAUGUUGUAUUUUAAAAAAAUGGAACUAUUUUCCACUUUGGGAGAAUAAAGGAUAAAGUAAAUUAUUUGAAUAAAAAGCCUUGAGAUUUUCCCAAUAUUAUUAUAACCGACUAGUCGGUAAAACAACACUUUUAACAUGUGGCUCAUAAUAUUAGGAUACAUACAUAAAAAAGAAUUCUUCAGGAUAAACAUAAAGUUAGCAAUCUCUGUUCUUCAACUACACGAGAGGGAGGAAUUAGUAAAAGAGAUAGAUUUACCCGAUAUCAUAUUAUAGUACA